CUUCCUCUUUUUCUCAUCUCUGUCCCAAUUUCUCCACCCAGAAAAAAGAGAAGGAGAGAGAAAAAGAAAGGUAGAACAAAAAGAAAUAUCUCGAGCUCAUGAAUCAUUCGCCGUAAAAAUCGCUCCUUUGUCUCUUGUGUUACCUUUUCUUUAAAAUAUUGGGGUUUGCAGCGUAGAUCUGCGAAAUAGUUUUCUCCUUAAGAUUUGGUUUUUUUUUUUUGCUUGCGAUCGGAUUGAUUCAGAUGGGUUAUCUAGGGUUUUGAACUGUAAGUUAUUAAAUUUGCGAAAAGAUCUCAACUUUUUUUUUGGAUGUCUUCAAAUUUGAUAUUUUUAGUUAGGUUCUAGGGUGAAAGUGAUGUAAUUGGAGAAAGAUGUCAACUUGCUCCUCCCAGACUAAUGAUUUAAGCUGUAAUCACGGUUUACUUAUAUUUAUGACAUCAUGCCGAGGUUUGCAGGUUAAUGAUCAUAAAUGUUUGUGUUCUACUUGAUCUAUGAAAUAUCCCAGUAUUUAUUUUAGAUGACACUCAUUUUUGUUUCAUAACUUAUGAGAUGGCUUAAGUACAUGUUGGCUCUAUUUUAUUUUGUAUUGUCUGAAAACUUGUUAUGGAUUUGGAGGUUUUGUUAUCAUCCGAGGAUUUUAUUUUAUUUUCUUGUUCUUGCAGAGGGAUCACGUUAUGUAUGGAGAAAAUCCUAGAAGCCAAGGUCUGAUAUCAUCUCUCAACAUCACAUUCUUUUAUUUUCCGAACACAUUAUUGUAUUUUCCAAAGAUAGAAGAUUAAAGAAGUAGCUGCUGAGGUUCAUAAGCAAGAACGCCAUCCAUUAUCUUAAAAAAAAGGAGAAGAAGAAGAUCAAAGAAGUGAAUUAUAGAGCUCAUUGAAGAUGGAUACAAACGGAAGCACUUCUUUGCAUCCUGAUAUCCAUUCGCUACAAAAGGAAUGGGAUGAUAUUUCUUGCCCCAUCUGUAUGGAACAUCCACACAAUGCUGUUCUUCUUAUUUGCACUUCUCAUGAAAAAGGUUGCAGAUCAUACAUAUGUGAUACAAGCUAUCGGCAUUCUAAUUGCCUUGAUCGAUUCAAAAAGUUAAAUUUAGAUCACAGUAGUGACCAUCGUCAUUCUCAAUCCAUCUCUUCUUUACAUGAGCUCCCUAUUCCUGAAAAUUUCAGCAUAGAGAUUCCUGAGAGGCCAAGAAUGAGAAGAAUUACUGCAGAAGGUACUCAAGGUUCAUUAGGAGCCCAAGUAGAAGAAAGUAUCACUGUCAGAGAUACAACGGAGACAAACAGCUUAAAAUGUCCUCUUUGCAGAGGAACUAUAAUCGGAUAUCAAGUUAUUAAGGAAGCAAGGCAAUAUUUGGACACGAGACCGAGGAGCUGCUCAAGAGAAUCAUGUUCGUUUUCAGGAAACUAUGGCGAGCUUCGAAGACACGCGAGAAGUGUCCACCCUUCUACUAGGCCUACAGAUGUUGAUCCAUCAAGACAACGAGCGUGGCAUCACUUAGAACAUGAAAGAGAGUAUGGCGACAUUCUUAGUGCGAUCAGAUCAGCAAUGCCUGGAUCUGUGAUGUUCGGGGAUUAUGCGAUCAAUGAUGAAGAUGUGCUUACUCAUGAUCAAGAGUUGGGGAGUGACGGUGGACCAUGGUUGGCUACUCUUUUCCUUUUUCAUAUGAUGAAUAGGACUUUUGGGGUUCAUGAUGAAUUUGAGUCGUUUUCAAGAGGCUUGAGGAGGGUGCGAAGGCGCUCAUCGUCGCUUAAUAGAUACUUGUGGGGAGCAAAUCUGUUGGGUUUGCAGGACGAUGAACACGAUGAUGAUGAGGAGAUUUUCAUGCCUAGGAGAAGGAGAAGAACUACGAGAUCAAGAGAGUCAAGACCUGAUGAUGAGAGAUCAAGGGAUUCAAGACCUGAUGAUGAGAGAUCAAGGGAUUCAAGACCUGAUGAUGAGAUGCUAUGAGAUUUGGACGGUAUAGAUGGUUGCAUUUCAUGUAUGCAGAUAUGCUAGCACUUGGCGAAAAUCCCAAUUUACUUGAGCUCUUGUUUUGCUUGUUUUGUUAUCGAUUGUAUGGAGAUCUCGAAAAUUGGUUCGAGUUCUGUAUCAAGCAGUAUUGGUGUAUAUCAUCAAUUGUAAAGGAAAAAAGAGGUUCUUAUUGUUGCAUAACAUAAUCGUCAUCAUAUUUCUAGGUGGUUCGUUCUGUGAAGCAUUGUUAUUCGCGUUGCUUA